CGGAGUAGCGGCCGUUACUGGUGGCGCGCGCGCGGAUUCAGUCGUAACUCCGGCGAUGUAGCUACCAUGAGAGCAGGAUUCAUUUUGAGGAUGUAUGCCCAAAUACCUGAACGGUACCAGGUGUACAUACUUACUGUAGAGUAAAUAAGACGGACCCAGGAGUAGGGGAGAUCAUGGAAAGCACCCAGGUUAUUGACUGGGAUGUUGAACAAGAGGAAGAGACAGAAAUAUCCAGUGGAUCCUUAGGAUAUAGUGUGGAGCCUAUAGGGCGGCUACGUCUCUUCAGUGGUACUCAUGGACCGGAAAGAGAUUUCCCACUCUACCUUGGCAAGAAUGUAGUUGGUCGAAGCCCUGACUGCUCUGUGGCCCUGCCUUUUCCAUCCAUCUCCAAACAGCAUGCAGUGAUUGAAAUCUCAGCUUGGAACAAAGCCCCUAUCCUCCAGGAUUGUGGGAGCCUCAAUGGCACUCAAAUCGUAAAGCCUCCUAGGGUCCUACCUCCUGGAGUGAGCCAUUGUCUGAGGGACCAGGAAUUAAUUCUCUUUGCAGACUUUCCCUGCCAAUACCAUCGCCUGGAUGUCCCACCACCCUUGGUCCCUCGGAGUCUUCUAACUAUAGAGAAGACCCCCAGAAUACGGGGAGGAUCCCAACAUUCCAGAGUUUUGUUGGCUGAAGAUUCAGAGGAAGAAGGGGAUUUUCCUUCUAGAAGGGGUGUGGUGAAUGGAUCAAGGAAUACAGCAUCCCCUUCAGCAACAGUAGUUCCAGAAAGUGAUGAAGAGGGCUCUUCUCCAGCCCCAAGUGUCCCUGGGCCAUCUUCGACCUUUGGUUUGGGCAGUGACACAGAUGAAGAACAAGGUCAGCAACCAGGAGUAGAGGAGUUCUCUUUAGCUGACCACAAUGGUGCUGCAGGGGAGGCUGAGCAGCCGGAAGCUAAUGGAAUGACAGCUGGCAUACAGGCUCAGCCUACUGAGCAAAAGUUGAAGGACACAACACUCAAGAAGGAGGCAGGCAGUGCAGAGAUUCCAGUUGGGUCAGUUGUGGAGAGGAUCCCCACCCUUGGGGAGGACAGGGACACGGAAGUGGAUGAAGAACACCAGCCUUUUGGUUCUGUGGACAGUGACACAGAUGUGGAAGAAGAGCGGAUCCCUGUGAAGAAGAACCAAGUGCUACUUGGAGUCGGUGUCGGGGAUCCUGGAGCACCUGGUGUGGCACAUCUGCAGGACAGCCCAGCUGGUAGUGACACAGAUGUGGAGGAGGACAAGACUGCACUGGCUGACCCUCUAGAGAAAAACCACACACCUAUGGUGAUCAACAGUGAUACGGAUGAGGAGGAGGAGGAGGUCUCAGCAGCACUCGCCUUGGCCCAUCUGAAAGAGAGAGGAAUUGCUUUGUGGAGUAGAGACUCAGGCACAGAAGAGGUCAAAUCCCAACCACAGGUCCUUGUAGAACGAAGCCAGAGUGCCUCUGGGAGAGACAGUGACACAGACAUGGAGGAGGGAUCCUCAGGGGGAAAGAGAAAGAUUGUCCCUGACAGCCCCAUGGAUGUAGACGAGGCUCUUACUGUCACACAGCCAGAGAGCCAGCCUCCCCGUAGGCCCAGUGAUGUAGAUGAGGACGUGGCUAUGAACUCCCCUGGCAGCCAUCUAGCCGUAAGUCAGGCCUCCUCUGCUGUGGCAGACAAGAACGGAGCACAAGUAGAGGAGGUUACCCUGGGGGAGAAGCACCAGGUGCCUCUAGAGGGAGCCCAGCCUCCUGAGGAAGCCUGGGAAACAGCUGUACAGGAAGGCUUAUCCUCACCAAUGGAAGUCGGAAGACUGAGCCAGCAGCCAGUAGCAAAAGAUGCUGGGACAGAGUGUGCUGCAGCUGUUUGUGAGCAGGAAAGCGCUCCUGAGGUGGGGGCCCAAAGCAGGUCACCUGCAGCACCAGUGGAGCAGGUGGUAGUAUACACAGAUACUUCAGGGGAUCCCACCCUGCCACAGAGAGAGGGAGCCCAAAUCCCCACAGGAAGGGAGAGAGACGCACAUGUGGGCAGGACCAAAAGUGCCAAAGAGUGCUGUAAUGAACCUGAAGAUCUGUGCCUUCCAGCUACCCAGUGCUUUGUGGAAGGGGAGAGCCAGCACCCAGAAGCUGUCCAGAGUUUGGAAGACGAGCCUACCCAAGUCUUCCCAUGUACUCUUCCGCAAGAGCCUGGACCUUCCCACCGCAGCCUUCCGACUCCAGGUGCAGACACCCUGGAUGUGCCUUGGGAAGUCUUGGCUACACAGCCGUUCUGUCUGAGAGAACAGACAGAGACCUCUGAGCCUCAGCUCAUUGACACCCACCUUGAAGCGCAUGGAUCUCGACCAUCUCUACCUAGGGAACCACCAGAACACCAGCAUCUGGUUCAUACCAGUCCGGUUCACACAGAGCUGUUGAAAAUGGAAGGCAGAGAGAUACAGACUGUGGAGAAAGCCAUGGGCCACUUGAGUUGCCAGAUGACACCUGCUAGAAAGGCUUCCAGGGGUGAUCCAGAGCCCCCAGACCAUUGCCUGUUUUCUCCAGUGCCUGAAGCUGCAGCUCAGAGUCUCCUCACCUCUCAGAGCCAAAAGCAGUCUACACCUCAGCCUCUGUUUUCGACCUCUUCUUCUGAGCUACCCCUUCCAGAGACUCUUCUUACAAAGCCUAAUGUCAGACCACGGCGGUCCUCCAGGAUGACCCCCUCCCCACAUUCCUCUGCUGCCCUUAAGCCUUAUACUACCUGCCCCACAAACCAGCCUGCUGCCUCUAGACCAACAUCUCGACCCACUCGGAGCAGGGCAAAUAGGUCCUCUACUAGGACCCCAGAACUGCUUCCCCCUACAGACCCUGAGCUCCAGCCUUCCACCUCCACAGAACAGCCUAUCAUCCCAAAACUUACAUCUCAGGUCACUGAAGGCAGGGCACAUAGUGCCUCUGUUAAGAUGCCUGAACCAGUUCUCACAGGUCCUGAUAUCCAGUCUCCCACCUCCACAGAACAGUCUGUCACCCCAAACCUCAAACCUUGGGCCACUCAGAGCAGGCCAAGUAGGUCUCCCAACAAGACCCCAGAACCACUUAUCUCUACUGACCCUGAGCUAGAACCUCCCACCUCCACAGAACAAUCUGUCAUACCUAAACCCACUUCUCGGGCCACUCGGGGCAGGCCACGUAAGUCUUCUGUCAGGACCCCAGAACCAGUUGUCCCCACUGGCCCUGAACUGCAGCCUCUCACCUCCACAGAACAGCCUGUUAUCCCUAAACCUAGGGCCACUAGGGGUAAAUCAAGUAAGUCUAUCAAGACCCCAGAACCAGUUGUUCCCACUGGUCCUGAACUGCAGCCUCUUACCUCUGCAGAACAGCCUGUUAUCCCUAAACCUAGGGCCAAUAGGGGUAAAUCAAGUAAGUCUAUCAAGACCCCAGAACCAGUUGUCGCCACUGGUCCUGAACUGCAGCCUUUCACCUCUGCAGAACAGCCUGUUAUCCCUAAACCUAGGGCCACUAGGGGUAAAUCAAGUAAGUCUAUCAAGACCCCAGAACCAGUUGUCCCCACUGGUCCUGAACUGCAGCCUUUCACCUCUGCAGAACAGCCUGUUGACCUCACAUCUCGGGCCUCUCGGGGUAGGUCAAGUAAGUCUAUCAGGACCCCGGAACCAGUUGUCCAAAUUGGCCCUGAAUUUCAUCUAUCCACCUCAAAACAGCCUGAUAACCCUGAGCCCUUAUCUCAGGGCAGGACACAUAGGUCUUCUGUCAGGUCUCCUGAAUCGAGUGUCCCCACAACCCCUGAAGUUCAGUCUUUCACUUCUAAAAAACAGCCUACCCCCAAGACCACAGCUCUGGUCAGUCGGGGAAGGACAUAUAAACCCUCCACUGAAGAUUCUAAAUCAGUUGGGCCAGUGGCCCUUGAUUUUGAGCCUCCCACUUCUACAGACCAUCUUGUCACCCCUAAGAUCACAGCUCAGAGCUCAACACUGCAGUCUUCACCCCUAAGUGCUUCCCCAGUUUCCUCUACCCCUGAACUCAAGCCUCCUGUCCCCACAGCCCAGCCUGUUACCCUGGAGCCCAUUCCACAAGUCAAUCACCAAAGGAGACGAAGGGCUACUGGGAAGCAGGGUUCCCGCACAGUUCCCGUUGGUCAUAAUUCUUACUCUGCCCCCUCUGAACCUGAGUCCCAGUCUUCAGCCAGCCAAAGCUCAGGGGCAUCAGAAGCAGACUCAUCCCGUCAAAAACGUCCCCGAAGACAAGUCUCCCAGAAAACCAUAGUCGUCAAGGAAGAGCCUGUAGAAAUAGAAGUGAAGGAAGAGCCUCAGGAGACAGCAAUUCCAACACCAGGCAAGAGAAAGAGGGACCGUGCAGAAGAAGAGACCCAGGGAAACCCAACUCGAAGCCGACGAACUAAACCUAACCAAGAAGCAGUGGCCCCCAAGGUACUCUUCACAGGAGUCGUGGAUUCUCGUGGAGAGCGUGCAGUGCUGGCUCUGGGAGGCAGUCUGGCCAGUUCAGUAAAUGAGGCCUCCCACUUGGUCACUGAUCGAAUCCGCAGGACAGUCAAAUUCUUAUGUGCCCUGGGGAAGGGAAUCCCCAUCCUGUCCCUGAACUGGCUGUAUCAGUCCCGAAAGGCUGGUUGCUUCUUGCCACCUGAUGACUACUUGGUGACUGAUCCUGAACAGGAGAAGAAUUUUAACUUCAGCCUUCGGGAUUCCCUGAGCCGGGCUCGGGAAAGAAGACUAUUGGAGGACUAUGAGAUUCAUGUGACCCCUGGAGUGCAGCCACCCCCACCUCAGAUGGGGGAGAUCAUCAGCUGCUGUGGAGGCACUGUCCUGCCCAGCAUGCCCCACUCCUACAAGGUAUGACAGGUGUGCCCUGUGUGCUCUGAGCUGGAGGCAGGGACAGCGGGAAAGGAAGUGGGAAUGAGAAAGGGUUGGAGGAAUGAUGGAGGGAAAGAGUAAUAAGAAUGAGGGAAGAGAGGAAGAGGUGCUGGCCCCAAAGGGACUCAGUGUUGUUUUGAGGUUUAACAUUUUCAAAUAGCCAUACAUUGGCAGUUUAGCACUUGGGACUUGGAACAUGAGAAGUUCUAGGUAUAUACUCAUGUAAACAAGCCACGACUGCAUGUCACUCUCUUAUCCACCCCCAUUCCCACCCUAACAUUUUUUUAAAUCUAUUUUACACAGAGAAGAGGAGCUGGAGAGGCAGCCACUGGUUAAGUGUACUUGUUGCUAUAGCAUGAGCACAAGAGUUUGGACCCCAGCACCCACAGCAGGGGGCUCACAAACACUGUAACUCCAGCAGCAAGGAAGUCAGAACCCUCUUUUGGCUUUCUAUUUGCUUAAGUAAUUUAUUUAUUUAUUUAUUUAUUUAUUUAUUUAUUUAUUUAUUUAUUUUUAAUUGAUUUAUUUAUUAAGAUUUAUUUAUUGA